UGAUCAGUUUUUGUACGCACAUUCUAAAUACGCACUUUUUUGGCUUUGUGCCAAGUUUCCACCCGUCAGACUAACAUUGCUAAUAUUAUAUGAAUCUUGGAACGAAAACACUGCUUGCUAUCUUUUCCUCUUCUUUCAGGACACCUAUACGUUUCUAUUUCAACAAUAUUAGAAUAAUGCAGUCAGUGACAUUAUCACAGACAAAUGACUCCAUGCCAACCAUAGGGUUGGGAACUUGGCAGGCCCCUGGGAAUGUAAUUGAGCCGACAGUGCUAAAGGCUUUGGACUUGGGAUACAGACACAUAGACACUGCCUUUAACUAUAACAAUGAAGAGGCUAUUGGUGCUGCUGUGAAUGAAUGGAUAAAUAGUGGAAAAGGUUCUAGGAAAGACUUGUUCAUCACAACCAAGCUCCCACAUGUCGGAAACCGGGCAUCAGACGUUAGAAAAUUUAUAGAGCUGCAACUCAACAAUUUGAACAUGGACUACAUAGACCUCUACCUGAUCCAUGUGCCCUUCGCUUUUGUUUGUGACCCGGAGACUCUUACACCAGUUGUCAACAGCGAUGGAGACUAUGAGCUGGAUGUUACAACCAAUCAUUGUCAAAUAUGGAAGGUGAUGGAAGAAUGCCAGCGGGAAGGCCUAAUCCGAAACCUAGGCCUCUCCAACUUCAACGAAGACCAAAUCAAAAAGAUCAUGGACAAGGCCUUGGUCCUGCCCCAGGUGCUUCAAGUGGAGCUCCAUGCGUCGUUCCAGCAGCAGGAGUUGAGGAAGUUCUGUGCGGACAAUAACAUUGUGGUGACGGCGUACGCCCCGCUGGGCAGCCCGGGGGCGAAGGACCACUUUGUGAAUAAGUACAAGUAUAGUCCUGAUGCUUUCCCUGACAUACUGGGGCUCCCGAUCGUGAAGGAGAUCGCCGAUAAAUACGGGAAGACGCCGGCGCAAGUACUUCUGCACUUCCUUGUGAAGCAGGAUAUCGUCGUCAUUCCGAAGAGCACCAGCGAACACAGAUUGAAGGAAAAUAUGGAAAUAUACGACUUCGAACUAUCCGAAGAAGACAUGAACCAUAUUAAGAAACUUGACAAAGGCGAAGAGGGCCGUAUAUUCAACUUUCUCUUCUGGAAAGGAGUUGAAAAACAUCCUGAAUACCCUUUCAAGCUCCCGUCUCAAGUAAUCAAAGAGUAAAUAAAAGCUUGUGUAACGCCUGAGUGGACACUCAGCCGAGGACGCGUGCGGCCAUGCGCGGAUCCAAAAGGGGCCUCAUGACCCCCACCGGCACGAAGCUGGAUCCGCGCUUGCGUGCAGCCGGGCGUGCUCACCCUUGUGCAGGCUAUGCAGCGUGGACCCAGGUCAAUUGUAUGAACUUCAAUUGUUUGACAUGCAGUCCGCACGCCCCCACCCUACUGCACGUCUAGUAUGAAUGUGCACUCAGGCAUUAGUGUUAGACGAUGUGAGAGUCCGAUGGCUCAAUGUUCUAGUCAUAUCUACCUCUUCUAAAAGGAGACCAGUAUUAUCAUUCUAGGAGGCUGCUAGCUAGUAUUUUAGUAUCCCAUGUGAUCCUGAUCAGUGUAACUGAUGUAAAUUAUAAUUAUGCUGUGAGCUUCGUUUGC